GAAAUGUUAGCGACCCUAAUGCAGCAACGAAAGAAAAGUAUUAAUAUUAAAAGAGAGAAAAACACCCAAUUACUAGCUAUUAAUAAUGAUAGGAAAAUUUCAGCCCCAGCUGUAAUAUUAACAACAACAAAAAAUAAAAUUUCCUCCAGCAGACUAGCCGAGGUCAACUCAGCUUUCGUCGCUUUGACAGCCGCGGCUGCCACUUCAGAAUCUGAUAUAGUAGUAGAUGAGACCACAACAACAACAAUGCCAGCCAUUACACGAAAUCGUUGUUUUAGUGACACAAAAACUGCACACGUCAAAAGAGGAAAAGGCGUUUUUCUUCACUGGCAGCAAUGGAGUAAAAGACAAAAUCAGCAACAGGUUAAUGACCAAUAUCAGCAAAAACACUGUACAUUGGAAGAAGAAGAAACCAAUCAAAUCGAUGAUGCUUGUGUUAACAGCAAUCAGAGUAAAAAUAUUAAAAGAAGUACUAGCAGUUUUGCUGCUUUGCGCGAAGAAGAAAAGGAUGAAAAUAAUGAUGAAGAUUUUGUUGUUAAUAAAAAUGUAAAAAGAAGUAUGAGCACUUGUACAAUGAUUAAUAACGGAAACGGAGAUAUUAACUAUACAGAAAGUAACCGACAAAAUAAUCAACAAACAAAAUUAAGAUUAAAAAAUUUUAAAAAAUUGAGAGAUUUGGGACGUGGAGCUUAUGGAAUUUGUGGACUUUAUAAGGAUGAGAGAAGUAUUUUAAAUAAACAAGUAGUAAUUAAAAGGGUAUCUUUGGAAUGCAAAAGUGAAAAUGAAAAACAAAAAAUUUCAUACGAAGCUAAUCUUCUUAGAAAAUUAAUUCAUCCAAAUAUUAUUCGUUUACAAGAUUCUUUUAUUGAAACAGAGCAAUUAUGUAUUGUUAUGGAAUAUCUUGAAGGGGGAACUUUGGAUAGAAUGUUACAGGAAAGAAAAGGAAUAAAAAUGGGGCAAGAUUUGAUACUCUACUAUUUUACUCAGCUAACAAUGGCCAUUGACUACAUUCAUGCAAUGAAAGUACUUCAUAGGGAUAUAAAAACACAAAAUAUUUUUCUCAAUCGAAAGAUGACAAUUGUUAAAGUUGGGGAUUUUGGAAUAAGCAAAGAACUUAAUUCAAAAUGUCCACAAGCAUCCACAGUUAUUGGAACCCCAAAUUAUUUAUCUCCAGAAAUUUGCUCAGGACGUUCAUAUGAUGUAAAAUCAGAUAUUUGGUCAAUGGGUUGUGUUUUGUAUGAAAUGGUUGAAUUAAGGAAAGCUUAUGAAGGGGAAUCGUUAUCUUCCUUGUUAAUUCGAAUUGCUAGGGGAGAACAUGGCCCUAUUUCAUCUACAGUCACUCAAGAUAUGCGAAAUCUAGUUGAAUCUUUACUUAAUAUAGAUGAGAAUAAAAGACCAAGUACUACAGAAAUAUUGUUACGACCAAUGGUUCUUCGAAAAUGGAUGGAAAUACAUGAAAAUUUAGGGAGGAUUGAGCCAGAUAUUGAACUUUACACGAAAGAAACGCAUUCAGAAAAAGUAAAAUAA